CGCUGCGCUGAAUGAAGUUAGUCAUUCUCCAAAAAAGGGCUAACUUAGCAAGAUACCUUGAAAUACUUUUUUUACUUGAUAUUUUUUAAAUUAUUCAUUUGUGAUGAGUGGAUUAUUUCCGAGACACUUCUGGGUGGUGGCAGUCUUCUCUGUCCUUCUGGCCUCGGUACUGAGUUCGCCCUUGCUGGCGCAAGAGCCUAUUCGCUGUGCCCCUUGCACGCCGGAGAAACUGCAGGAAUGCCCAGCGGUUGCGCCGGACUGCGAGGAGGUGCUCCGGGAACCAGGCUGCGGAUGCUGCCCGGCUUGCGCUCUUAAGAAGGGGGAUUCUUGCGGGGUGCACACGGCGCGCUGUGGAUCCGGCUUACGUUGCACACCCAGACCCGGGGACCCCCGACCCCUCUUUUCUCUAACGCGGGGGCAGGCUGUCUGCACGGAAGCCUCCGAAACUGAGAGAAGCCAAGCACCCCAAAGUCCAGACCAUGCUGAGACAGACGCAGAGUCCAGAAACAGUGCCGUCGCACCUGAUCAGGGCGCAACCCUCUACCUCCCCGGACACAAUAAGCCCUUUGAUCCAAAGGCUGCCGCGGAUGCCCAAGAGAGCAUGAAAGCCAAGUUCAAUGUCAUAAGAAAGAAAGUCGUGGAGCCGGGCCCAUGCUACAUUGAGCUGCAGAGAGCCCUCGAGAAGGUCGCCAAACUGCAGCAAAAGCCGGGAGACAAACUGACCAGAUUCUACCUGCCCAACUGCGACAAGCUCGGCUUCUACAAAGCCAAGCAGUGUGAGUCGUCUUUGGAUAGUCAGAGAGGGAGGUGCUGGUGUGUGUCCUGGAAUGGGAAGAGAAUUCUGGGGUCCACCGACCUCCCUGGAGAUUCGGAGUGCCAGCAAGAGCUCACCUACUGACAGCACCCUGACUCUGGGGCAAGCCACACACACACACACACACGCACACACACCCAAACACACAUACACGUGUACACAUCCACAUGCACGUACAUGCACAUACACACAAACAGACUUUGACACACUCUCUCAACACACAAGAAGAAAUUCUUUCAAUACCUUUUUUUAUUUAUUUAAUGUUCUUCUUUCAUUCAGGUACACUGUCUUUGAUUGUUAACACUGGUUCUUGGAAAAAAAUACAAACAAACCAAAAAGACCCCCCUACCGAAAAAAAAUAUUUUUCUCUACAGAAAAAGAAUCUGAAUUUAUUUACAUGAACCAUAUAGCCUUAUUUAUUUAAACUGUAUGUAAGCACACUAGUAUUUAAUAUUUGUAAUUAUUUUAAGAAUAUU